GAGCGGUUCGUCUCCUUGAUUUUGGAUGUGCUCUUGACGUGACGAUAAAUGCUUUGCAAAGUGAAAUUACUUUGUGUAACGGGAAGCAUCGUGCGGAAUAUGGUAGACGAGUCAUGACCUGGCAACCCGACAGCAUGGAGUGCAGCAACCACCAAGACAAACGACAUCCAUCUCGCCUCCCUGCCUACCUAUUCGCCCUUCGGCCCUGGUCAUUCAGCGCCUCCUUUGCACCCGUGGCGUUGGGUGCUGCCCUCGCCUACAAGGCAUCGCAUGAAUUCAGUCCCAUCAUCUUUGUGACGACCUGCAUCACUGCCCUGUCGGUCCACGCAGCGGGGAACGUGGUCAACACCUACUUUGACUACAUGCGUGGGGUGGACGACAGCAAGGGUUCGGACGAUCGGACUCUGGUAGAUAAGAUCCUGACCCCAGACGAAGUUGUGCACCUUGGUGUAUUACUUUAUACAUUGGGCUGUGUGUGCUUCAUUGUGUUGGUCUUCUCAUCUCCUGCUCGAAUGGAGCACUUAGCCCUGGUCUACUUUGGAGGCCUCUCCAGCUCCUUCUUGUACACAGGGGGCAUUGGAUUAAAAUACAUUGGGCUGGGAGACGUACUUGUGUUAGUGACCUUUGGCCCUGUCUGUGUGCUCUACUCAUAUGUGGCUCAGACUGGUAGCAUGGUACCUGCUACGCUCUUCUAUGCUAUGCCCCUGGCCAUGAAUACAGAAGCCAUUCUGCACAGCAACAAUGCGCGGGACCGGCACAAUGAUGCUAGGGCUGGCGCAGUCACUCUUGCUAUACUGGUUGGCCACACAGGCUCACACAUACUGUAUGCACUUUUUCUAUUUGCACCUUACAUCGUGUUUGCUGUGGUCGGAGUGCACUGUCGAGCCUAUUGGCUUCUUCUGCCUCUCAUAACGUUGCCCACGGCAUUUGAGCUUGAGCGUCAUUUCAGGGAUGGACGACUCGGAAAACUGUCUCGUCACACGGCCAAACUGAAUGCCUACUUUGGUCUUUUUUACAUCCUCGGGAUUAUCAUGUCCUCACCCGCAUCUCUACCAGGCCUCACCGUCGUUGCUUGAGCGCAGUCUCUGCUUUAUUUAUGAUAUUUAAGAGUGUUGGUUAUGUUAACCAGCUGCUUCCCAUUAGAGAUUGCCUGUUCUGGUGAAUGAUAGCAUUAUUGUGCAAAAAAUAAAAUUACGUUCGAACUGUGAAUAAAUUAUGUGACCUCCACAAA